CUCUAAUCAACUUGUGAGAACAUUAAACAUUUUCAUUGAAAUCAUGCCUUUUCAAUAUAGCGGGUUUGGUUGACACUGUCAAAGUUGUGAUAUAAAAUAACCAACAGUAACUGUUAUCGACAGUUAACAAUUUUAUUUUUGUGAGUGUGUUGUUUGUUUUCUUAAUCCAGAUGGCUAAUCGAAUGAAAACAUCGUCGCUAAUUUAUAUCGUAACGUGCACGCUACUAGCAAUGUCGGAAACAGGCGCUGAAAGAGAAUUUAAACCGUCAUUAGAUAAGUCGGGGAUGGCGGACACAGACUUGUUUAGAGUAAAAAGAGCAUCGCUACCGAUGGAGAAGAUUUGGAGUAAACCAACCGUGACUAUAGAUGAUAAUGGAGUGUCAGUUUGCAAACGCUACCAAUGUACUUACAACAGUUUUGUGAAUCUCAACCGAACGUUCCCGGGCCUGUUCCCAACAGUUGAUGAGUUCCAGAGGCAGACGGGCCUGCCAGUCAUGUCCACCGAAAAGUGUGUGAAAAAUGUGUCCACAUUGGCGCAGCCCCUCACAGACAGGUCCUUAAGAGAGGCGCCCUUCACAAAGGUUAUGUGUGUCACUGGGAACGGAGACGGGGAUGACUGCUGCCCAACAUUUAAACAUAUCGUCCCAUACAACGACAGCACUUUCCGAAUUCGAAAUGAUUUGAAUGGAGAUCCGCGUCAUAUAAUUCAGCUAUUCACGAGAGGAACUUGCGGGUCCACCAAUGACUGUCAACAUUGUCAGCAAGAAUACAAUAUAAUGUGGUUGUUGGCAAUUAACCUCUCGGGGUUAGGGCCGGUUGACCCUUUCGGCUUCUACAUGUUCCAAAUAGAAUCAUAUUGUUCCUGCAAAUCAUAUACUUAAACACAGUAACAGUGUUUGUUUCCGAGGCGCUUUAUUCAGUUGUGUUGUAUAAAUUUUUUAUUUUCAUACGUGUAUAUAAUUAUACGUGUAGCAUGUAAAUGCAUAUUUGUUAUGACACAUAUUGGGUAACAUUAAAUUUGAACU